GAUAUUUCCGAUGUAUCGGACAAGAGCGUCAGGCAUGAGGAUACAAAAGAUGUAAUCUUGCAUGGCGAGCACAAGGAUGGCUUCACGAACAACACCUGGGGGCGUACGAGUACGAAGUGCAACCUUCGAGCUGUGUCGUGUAGGAGCAAUUGGAAGAUUUCGUACUCAGGGGGGCCUCGGCUUCCGGUCAGUCAGUUACCCGUUCAGUUGCCGUUCAUCUACUUAUAUUGAAGGCAUUCCCCAAACCCCGCAUUUCUUCGCAAGAGUGGCAGUGUUGCACCGGGUACAUCAUACCUAGUCCUCAUUUAUGAUAGAUUGACUCCAACUUCUUCAUGUGGAUUCCCUCUCUCGCUUUGGAAAUAGUCGGCAUUUAUACCCAGCUAUUGUUUCAUCUCUUCCAUCUUCAAUUCAUAUAUACACCCCUUUGAUUCGCUCAUCUGCCAGCGUUUUCUGGUUUCUUUUGCCAAACGGACGAUUGCCUACCAACGGCGCAAGCAUCCUUGCUUCAUUUGAGAGCUUAGAGCCUACCAAAUAAUAAAUCCAUCAUCAUGGUUUUUACGCCUCCAUCAUGGGUUUCCAAUGAUCCAUUGAAUAUACCAGAUGAUAUACCAAUCAGUCAAUUCAUGCUCAAUGAAAAACACGGCAGAAAACCUUUCAAAUCAUCGCGCAAUCCAUUCACAUGCGGAAUCACUGGAAAAACAUACACAGUGUCGGAACAAGCGCAACGGGUAGAACAUUUAGCAAGAGCUUUGUCAAAAGAAUUAGGAUGGCAACCAAAUGCUGGAACGGAAUGGGACAAAGUAAUGGGGAUAUUUUCCCUCAAUAGUAUUGAUUUCAUGACAUUGGCAUAUGCAGUUCAUGAAUUGGGCGGAGUGGCUUCGCCUGCAAAUGCUCAAUAUUCUGCUCCAGAAUUGGAAUUUCAAUUGAAGUCUUCAGGGGCUAAAGCACUUUUUACGUGUAUACCUUUACUCGAGACUGCUUUGCAGGCUGCCAAGGGUGCCGGAAUUAAAAAUGAUAGAAUCUAUAUUUUAGAUUUGCCAGAGAUGUUGACUGGAGGCAAGAAAGUACCAUUCAAGACUGCAGACGAUUUGAUUUCUGCAGGAGAAAAGCUUCCAAAAUUAGAGCCAUUGAGAAUGGAGAAGGGACAAGCAGCUCGACAAACAGCAUAUUUGUGUUAUUCGAGUGGAACUUCAGGGCUACCCAAAGGAGUUAUGAUCAGCCACCAAAAUGUCAUUUCCAAUGUCCUGCAACUCAAAGCAUACGAGGCAAAUUACAGAGAUCAAUGGGAAACAGACACAGAAGUCGGCUUAGGUCUUCUUCCUCUAAGCCAUAUUUAUGGUUUAGUCGUCGUAGCCCAAGGAACAACUUAUCGCGGCGAUGAAAUAAUUGUUCUCCCCAAAUUCGAGCUCAAAUUAUUCCUAAACAGUAUCCAAACCUAUAAAAUCCGAGGUCUCUUUCUCGUCCCUCCCAUUAUUAUCCAACUCGUAAACAAUCAAUCCAUCUGCUCCAAAUAUGACAUUAGUUCCGUUCGAGGUCUUUUCACCGGAGCCGCACCUCUCGGUACAGAAACUGCAGAGGAGCUCCAAAAACUCUAUCCUAAAUGGGUUAUUCAACAAGGCUAUGGCCUAACCGAAACCUCCACCGUCGUAUGCAUGUCCUCAUUCAAAGAUCUCUGGCUCGGCUCAUGCGGCUCCCUUAUCCCCGGCGUGCGCGUAAAAUUAGUCAAUCCAGAAGGUGUCGAAGUCACGGGUCUUAACCAACCAGGUGAAUUGGUCGUCCAAUCCAAAUCCGUCGUUCUCGGCUAUCUCAAUAACGAAAAAGCGAACAACGAGACGUUUCUCCCGGACACAGAUGGAAAUGGUAGAUGGAUGCGCACGGGUGAUGAAGCUGAGAUACGUGUGAGUCCGGCGGGAAAUGAACAUAUUUUCAUCGUGGAUAGGAUUAAGGAACUUAUUAAAGUAAAGGGUCUCCAAGUCGCCCCCGCCGAGCUCGAAUCCCACCUCCUCUCGCACCCCUCCGUCGCGGACUGCGCCGUCAUCCCCGUCCCCGACGCCGCAGCCGGCGAAAUCCCCAAAGCCUACGUUGUGAAAUCCACAUCCGUCGGCAUCGAAGAAAACGACGCCCUGGUUAAGAGAGAUAUCAGUAAAUGGGUGGAGGACCAUAAGGCGAGACAUAAGUGGUUGAAAGGAGGUGUGGAGUUUAUUGAUGUCAUUCCAAAGAGUCCGAGCGGCAAGAUCUUGAGGAGGUUGUUGAGGGAUAGAGAAAAGGAGGCGAGGAGGGCAAAGGGCGCGAAGUUGUAGUUGUGAGGUUGCGGAAAGGAGAGUCAUUGCAGGCAGUAGUAGGAUCUUCGAUAUUGAUUUUGUAUCGAAAGUUCAUCCUACAUGUAUUUUUAGAUUGAACUGGGUUGGAUUGACUAGAAUUGGACUGGAUGAACAAUACAGUUUAAUCAGUACACAUGGCGAUA